CAGCAGCGGAAGAGGCGAGGCAUCUUGCCUCCGGAAAUCAUCGACCUCAUGGUGGCUCCCGUCAAAGUUGGCACAUGGACCGGUGCUGUUGGUGUAAUGGCCGGUGUCGCUGGUGCCAUUGCGAGAGACACCAGCCCCGUGGCCAGUGGUGCUGUAACUGGCUUCCAAUGGUUUGCUCUAGGAGGAAGCUUCUGGUUCACUCGAUCUGUCACCGUCAGGGCCAUGGGGGGUGACGAGCAGUUGAGGCCUGUCGAUAAAACGAUAGCCAGCACCAUCGGCGGUUCAGCUGCGGGUGCAGUGGCCGGGCUGAUACGCGGACCCGGAAAGAUUCUGCCUGCCAUGGUUAUGUGGGGAGUGCUGGGCGCAGGCGGGCAGAUGGUCGCCAACGGCCUGAGCAACAGGAAGCCAAAGGUCAAAGACGAGAACGACAGCUGGUUUCGAUCGAAAUGGAGCCCUUUGAAGAAGCUGACAGACCAGGAGUACAUUGACAUGAUGGAGGAGAAGAUCUUGAGGGUUGACGCAGACAUCGCCCUCAUUGACGACCGAAUUGCCGAAUUAAGGUCUGUUGAGCAAAGGGCCAAAGACGAGAACAGG